UACACCACUUCUUUAUUCUCAGAAACGCAGCAUACCAGUUAGAGACCAUGGCGACGUCCGCGACGAACGAGGCUGCCAACACACUGCGCAAGCUCAGGCAGCGUCCACAGACCAAGGUCACGUCGGCACGUAGAGACUCUACACAGCUAUGCGCCAUGCGUGACACCAACAAGCGGCCGCGUGCGUCGUCUUCGGGCGACAAGGAGGCGCAGCACAAGAAGAAGACGGAGACGGCGCCAGCGUCCGGGCCAGCCGCCGUUUCGCUAGGACAAACACCCCACGGCCAAUGGCACGGAGAAGAGAAGGCACAAUUCCCCGCUAGAACAGUCGAAUUGGAGGUUGAGGACGAAGGAGGCGGCGCAGAUAUAACAGCGGAGAUUGCAGCCAUUGGACACAGAAACGAGCGACUGCAGCUCAGCGUAGCGUCACUUAAGCACAGGUUUUCUAUGCGUGAAGAGGAGACACAUCAGCUGCUGCUGGGACUGGGUGCGCUCAAUGCAGUGGCCAAUGAACUCGCGACAUUACAAAAGGAAUAUCAGGAGCGCUCGUCGAAAAAUGCAGCGCUGAUUCAGGAGUCUCUGGAACAGAUUUCCAACUGCUCGGCCCAGGUGGACACGCUGAAGCGCUGUCGGGGAUUCACGGCCUCGCAGCUGCAGAAUUUCAGACACGAGUGCACCCAGGAGAUGAAUAAAUUAGUGACCAGACUUGGAGAUCUCGCGAGCGGCACAGAUCAAGAACCAGAGCCUUUUGACCUGGCGAUGAACGAGAAGCGGCAACAAAUCGACGAGUUAAAGGAGGAAGUAUGUGGCUACAGAGCACAAGUUAGUCACGAUGGCUCGGUCGCAUCAGUCUCAUCAUCCACGUUAGGAUCCGCCCAAGUGGAGACGACGGCGCGGAUAAAUCUGGCACUGGCGCAGUUGGACGAUCUUCACGCCGAGAUGUUCCAGUUGAAGCAGGCGUUGAUGCAGGAGAACCAGUCGUUUCGACGUCAACUUGAGAAUCUCGUGUCGAGGCAAAUGGCUCAAAUCCGUGACGUUCAGGACAACGAAACGGAGCGAAUCAACGAGGAAAUGGACGAGAUCAGGUCGGGAAUGUGCGGGAUCCUCAAGGACGUGCAUCGACUGAAGGAACGCACGAAGUAUUUGGUGCCCAGUAUGGCACGUGUAGGCCCUAGAAUGUCUCGAAGUAAGGCGAUUGGUAUGACUAGAGGUGAUGAGAAGGAUGAGCGAUGGAUGAAUAUCCCUUCUUCACACCCUCACAGCACUGGCUACUCGAUGACUAUGGCUACACGUCAGUGUCAAGAUGGGUUGCCUCAUUACGAACACGGUUUUGAUGAUGAUUGCUACUGUCCUGGGGUGGUGCCGGGCCACAUGACACGCCCAGGCCGUCCUCGCAGUCCUGGAUCCAGCAACUCAAGCGUUGGCCGCUCAGACGACGACAAUUGGCGGAUGUCUCCUGCUGAAGACGCGCCAGCAACUGACCAACGUCUUGCUCAGCCUUGCGAAAGCCCACACUACUCGUCUUGCUCCUCGAGCCUGUAUGGCCGCCUCAGCGUCUACGGAGGUACGCGAUCACCUUGUCUAGUGCAACCGGACGUCCCGAGUGUCCAGAUGAGCUGGAAGGAGGACGCCCGCGAAGUGACGGUGUAUUAACAUUGUACAUUGUGGCUCGUCAUCGUAGAAGAGCAUGAGGGACAGAACGAUUCCAGCGCGGAGCAAUUCGAGCGGCGACUUCUGGAACAACACCGACUGUUCUGGAUUGGCGAAGGCGCGGGCUAGCAGAAGAAUAGCUACUGGCUGGGUUGCUUAGGUUAAUGGAUCCAUCUGAGAAGUAAAGCAAGGAAUAUCAGCGCAUUGCAGUGCUUACAAAGUGAGGGGACAACAGUAAUAGGAGAAUCUCGGAAUAUAGUUGUCAGACGGUCGCAGUAGCGCACCAAAAUUUGUGUGGUUGACUAUUCUAUGUUCAUGUACUAACAGGUUGGGCACCACAAUCAUUUAGGGCACCAUAAUCUAGCU